UGCUGAAGCUUUCUUUCACAACUUUGUGUCUGUAGUAGAAUGUGUCAUGUUUCCGGAUGGGCAAGGGCGUAGACAGCGCUGCAGACUAGAGAGAACGGGAAGCGUCGAAGACGCGUUAUUUCUAGCGGAAACAGCAGGAGAGAGAGACUUGUACAUUUAUUCUGAUAUCGCCUGAAGGAAAAUGACUGAGAAUAUAUUAAACAUCACCCUGGAGAUCAUCUACCUGCUGACUGGGGAGGAUUACACAGUAGUGAAGACGACAUCUCGUGAGCUCGUGACACCCAGCAGCCGGCCCCGUGUGUCAGGAGUACUGAGCAGGACCCAGAGCCCCAUCACGGUGCCUCCACCUCACUCACUGAUACAUGAGAGGCACAAUGACCAGAAGUUUCUGGAACUUACCAACAAGAUCAUUCAGCUGCUGACUGGAGAGGUUCCUAUAAGGUGUGAGGAUGUCACUGUCUAUUUCUCCAUGGAGGAGUGGGAGUAUCUAGAGGAACACAGGGGUCUAUACAAGUGUGUGAUGACGGAGAAUCACCAGACAUUGAAGAUGGAUAUGACUGAGAGGAUAAUAAAUCACUACCUGGAAAUCGUCUGUCUUCUGACUGGAAAGGAUUACACAGUAGUGAAGACAUCUGGUAAACGUGUGACACGCAGCAGCCAUCGUCGUGUGUCAGGAGGACUGAGCAGGACCCAGAGCCACAUCCCGGUGCCUCCACCUCACUCACUGAUACAUGAGAGACACAAUGACCAGAAGAUUCUGGAACUCACCAACAAGAUCAUUCAGCUGCUGACUGGAGAGGUUCCUAUAAGGUGUGAGGAUGUCACUGUCUAUUUCUCCAUGGAGGAGUGGGAGUAUGUAGAGGAACACAGGGGUCUGUACAAGGACGUGAUGAUGGAGAAUCACCGGCCCCUCACAUCACUGGGUGUAUUAGGUAACAGGAAUACCCCAGAGAGAUGUCCCCGUCCUCUUUAUUCCCAGGAUCAUACAGAGGAGAAUCACAGUGUCCCACAGGAGGGUCAGGGUGAAGAUCUGAAUUAUGAUACAGUAGAAGAUACAGAGGGAGAAGAUGAGACGGAUGUGAGGAGUGAUCAACAGUGUAAGGUGAAGGAAAUCCCUACAGGUAUCAGCACAGCAGAUGGACACAACAGAAGGAAUAACUCGGGGAGACAUCUCAUAUUAUCUCCAAAUUGUGUGAGAGAUGAUGAUAACUUCUCACAGGAUUCUCCAGGAGAAAGCCCCUUUGCCUUAAGUAUACAUCCAGCCUUUCUCGGUGCAGAUAUAUCAUCUGAUUUCUCUAACCAUGAAGACUGUUCCCCUGAUAAUUCCAGUAUUGAUACACACAGUUCAGAUCAUACAGAUGAUGAACCAUUUUCAUGUUCUGAAUGUGGGAAAUGUUUUAAAAAGCAGCUAAGUCUUUCUAUACAUCAGAAGAGAGUUCACACAUCUGAGAGGCCAUUUUCGUGUUCUGAGUGUGGGAAAUGUUUUAAAAUGAAAGGAGAUCUAAAUAGACAUAACAAAAUUCACACAGGUGAGAAGCCAUUUCCAUGUUCUGAGUGUGGGAAAUGUUUUAGAAAUCAGUCUGCACUUUAUUCACAUCAGAGAACUCACACAGGUGAGAAGCCGUUUCCAUGUUCUGAAUGCGGAAAAUGUUUUGCAUGUAAAGGAACACUUGAAGACCAUCGGAGAUCUCACACAGGUGAGAGACCAUUUCAGUGUUCUGAGUGUGGAAAAGGCUUUAUAACGAAAGACUGUCUUUAUAGACAUCAGAGGUCUCACACAGGUGAGAGACCAUUUCAGUGUUCUGAAUGUGGGAAAUGUUUUGCACUGAAAGGAGUUCUUGUUAGACAUAAGAGAGUCCACACAGGGGAGAAGCCAUUUUCAUGUUCUGAAUGUGGAAAAUGUUUUAUGAGUUCAGCAAAACUGAUUAAGCAUCAGAGAGUUCACACAGGAGAAAAGCCAUUUCCAUGUUCUGAGUGUGGGAGAGGCUUUAGUGAGAAAUCAGAGCUUGUUAAUCAUCAAAGAGUCCACACAGGUGAGAAGCCAUUUACAUGUUCUGAAUGUGGGAAAUGUUUUACACGUCAUGGAUCACUUGCUUCACAUAAGAGAACUCACACAGGUGAGAAGCCAUAUUCAUGUUCUGAAUGUGGGAAAUGUUUUGCACAGCAUGGAACGUUGGAUAGCCAUCGGAAAACUCACACGGGUGAGAAGCCAUUUCCAUGUUCUGAAUGUGGGAAAUGUUUUACAGCCAAAAUACAACGUAAUAGACACAUGUCAGUUCAUACAGAGGAAAGGCCAUUUUCAUGCUCUGAAUGUGGGAAGUGUUUCAAAUAUAAAUCAACUCUUUUGAAUCAUCAGAAACUUCACACAGAAGAAAUAAGACGAAUGCACAGAUGCACCGAUAUCCAGGGUGGUUUUAGAACCUCCCGUACCAUCGACUGGAUUACCAAUGCCUUUUCCAAUGGAAGUAAAACUCUCAUUGCUUCUGUGUCCAGUAUCAUUCCCAGAAACGUAAGCUUUCUCGUUGGUUCCAGACCUGAGAUCACCGCGGGCUCCCACCUGCCUGACUUACAGGCAGUGCGGCCCACCGUCAUGCUGAAAGAUUUGAGGAAGCAGAGCCGGAGGUCUGUUCCGGCGGACCUGCAGUUGCAGGUUUUCUGUUUACUUCUGUUACCUUUGAAGCCCGAACGAGAAGGGUGCACACUAGGUGGCUCUCCUGAGUUGCUUAGUGAAAAGUUUAGUUUUAGGUUUUUUAUGUUCAGUGAGACCUGCUGGCAACAAGGGGAGAAGAAGCGAACUCACCUGCGUGCAGAGUGGAUUGGGCUUCUUAGGCUAUUGGACACCAUUAGCUCCAGAGGGAUCGAACACAGGCCCAACCAUGGAGUCCGGUCCCAGAGUCGCGCCGCCGGCCCCCUUACAGAGCCAGAAGCAAGAAGAAGUCCGGAAAAUCGGCGGCAGAAGACAUCCUGUCUUCACCAAGGGUAUACUGUCCUGUGUAGCGCAUCUGUAUCAAUGAGGAUGGAUGGAUAUCACGUGACUGAGAGGAUACUAAAUCUGACUCUGGAGAUCAUCUACUUGCUGACUGGGGAGGAUUAUACAGUAGUGAAGAAGACAUCUGGUGAGUCUGUGUCACCCAGCAGCCGUCAUUGUUUGUCAGGAGGACUGAGCAGGACCCAGAGCCCCAUCACAGUGCCACCACCUCACUCACUGAUACAUGAGAGACACAAUGACCAGAAGAUCCUGCAACUCACCAACAAGAUCAUUCAGCUGCUGACUGGAGAGGUUCCUAUAAGGUGUGAGAACGUCACUGUCUAUCUCUCCAUGGAGGAGUGGGAGUAUAUAGAGGAACACAGGGGUCUGUACAAGGACGUGAUGAUGAAGAAUCACCGGCCCCUCACAUCACUGGAUGGGGCCAGUAACAGGAAUACCCCAGAGAGAUGUCCCCAUCCUCAUUAUCCACAGGAUGAUACAAAGGAGAAUCACAGUGUCCCACAGGAGGAUCAGGGGAAAGAUCUAAUUAUUAUUAAAGCAGAAGAUAUAAAAGAGGAAGAAGAGACGUAUGUGAUGGGUGAUCAGCCGUGUAAGGAGGAAGAAAUCCCUACAGGUAUCAGCACAGCAGACAGCCACAAUGGUCAGAAGACCUCAGAGGAACAUCUCAGUACAUAUCCAGAUUUUAAAAUACAAGAUGACAUCACAGGACAAUCUCCAAGAGAAAAUCCUAUUACCCUAAAUGCGUUUAUAGCACGUGACGGUGUACAUGUAUCUCCUGAUCCCACUAAUUAUGGGGAAUGGUCUCCAGAUAACUGUAACAAUGUUCCACAUGGUGCAGCUCCUACAGGUGAUAACAAGUUUCCCUGUCCUGAAUGUGGUAAAUGCUAUAGAUAUAAGUCAUACCUUGUCAGACAUCAAAUAAGUCACACAGGGGAGAAGCCAUUUUCCUGUACUGACUGUGGCAGGUCAUUUUUAUUUCAGUCAGGCCUUGUCACACAUCAGAGAAAUCACACAGGGGAGAAGCCAUUUUCCUGUUCUGACUGUGGCAGGUGUUUUGCACGGAAAUCAUCCCUCGUCGCACAUCAAAAAAGUCACACAGGUGUGAAGCUAUUUCCAUGCCCUAAGUGUGGGAAAUGUUUUGUACAGAAAUCAGAACUGGCCGAACACCACCGAACUCACACAGGUGAGAGGCUGGUGUCAUGCUCUGAGUGUGGAAAAUGUUUUACAAAUCCAUCGCAUCUUAUUAUACACCAAAGAACUCACACAGGAGAAAAACCGUUCCCGUGCUCUGAGUGUGGGAAAUGUUUCAGAGAGAAACAAAAUCUUAUUGGCCACCAGAGAAUCCACACAGGAGAGAAGCCAUUUACAUGCUCUGAGUGCGGGAAAUGUUUCAGAGUGAAACCCAGUCUUAUUGGCCACCAGAGAACCCACACAGGUGACAGGCCAUUUAUAUGCUCUGAGUGUGGGAAAUGUUUCGCAGUGAAACAAAGACUUUUUUACCACCAGAGAAUCCACACAGGUGAGAAGCCAUAUAAAUGCUCUGAGUGCGGGAAAUGCUUUACACAUAAAUUCAGUCUUACUGACCACCAGAGACUCCACACAGGUGAGAAGCCAUUUACAUGCUCUGAGUGUGGGAAAUGUUUUACACAUAAUUCAAACUUUACUCGACAUCAGAGAACUCACACAGGUGAGAAGCCAUUCCAGUGAGCUGAACCAGAAUUGCAGCAAUAUUUAUGCUGGUAUGCGCAUGGUAUAAUGGGCGCUGAUAUGUCUGCAGAAGGCACAAAUUUCUGAUUGUGGGAUCUGGACACAUCCGGGCGUUCCUUGCUGCGUGUGGUCCAAAUGCCAUGAGAUUUAUGUUAUGCAGGAUGUGGGUUUAAUGGGUGGAGAUUACAUAAGUACAGGGGCUUUCUCAGCUUAGCACUUGGCCCUGCAAAAGAGCGUGGUGUUCGUUAGAGAUGGCCAAGGUCAGGCCUCUGGCCUAUACUGUUAUAUAGCCCCUUGGGCCCUCCAGGUAUAUCCGGUAUGGAUUUAGAAAGGAAGAAGAGAGUCUGGGUGAUUACAGUGUGUGUAAAUAUAUAUAACACCUUACAGAGGUGUCAGUAUGGAAUCUUAUAUUUGCCUUUCUUCCAAUGGAAGUUCUAGUACGAUCCUGGCCCGUGUCUUUCUCAGUUUAGCCUGGUCUUUGUUAAAUAUGGCAAAGGUCCAGCCUCUGGCCUAUACUGUUAUAUAGCCUCCUGUACCUUCCAGGUAUAUACGAUAUGGAUUUAGAAAGGAGGCGGGGGGUCUGGGUGAUUACAGUGUGUGUAAAUAUAUGUAACACCUUUUACAUGUGUCAGUAUGUAGUCUUAUAUUUGCCUCUCUUCCUAUGGAAGUUCUAGUACGAUCCUGGCCCGUGUCUUUCUCAGUUUAGCCUGGUCUUCGUUAAAUAUGGCAAAGGUCCAGCCUCUGGCCUAUACUGUUAUAUAGCCUCCUGUACCUUCCAGGUAUAUACGAUAUGGAUUUAGAAAGGAGGCGGGGGGUCUGGGUGAUUACAGUGUGUGUAAAUAUAUGUAACACCUUUUACAUGUGUCAGUAUGGAGUCUUAUAUUUGCCUCUCUUCCUAUGGAAGUUCUAGUACGAUCCUGGCCCGUGUCUUAUAAAUACCUCAUAUAUUGUGUACCGUGACAGAUGAUGUAGGCUGAUGACAUAACAGUACAGUGUAUAUUUGAACAGGAAAUGCAGUUAUAUUGUCAGUACAUAAAUAUUGUAAUAAAAUAUGAUUA